CGUAAUCGUGUCCGGAUUGUUAACCUCACUUUUAACAUGUGUUGUGGGUGAUAAACAAAAGUGAAAAUGGGCAAUAAGGAGAAGAUUUUGAAGAGGAAAUUGGAAAAACCGAGCGAGGAGAGAGACUCGGGGGCCGAAUCGGUGGAAAGCGAGGAUGAAUUUCUCAAUGUUGUCAAUGGCGACGAGGAGGACAGUUCAGAUUCCGACGGAGAAGUCGAAUCCAGCGACGAAGACGAGCUCGCACUAGAGGAUGACGAUGAAGAUGACGAUAGCGACGAAGAAAGCAACGAGGGUAGCGAAAACGACGACCAAGACGACAGCGACGAUGACGAAGAGGAAGAUCAAGACAGUGACGACGACGACGGUGAAGACCACGAAGAAGAAGAAGAAAACACGCAGACGCCGCCUCCAUCUCAGUCGAAACCCGACGAAUACGACGACCACGACACCUCCGACGAAGAAGACAUCCGCAACACCGUCGGCAACAUCCCCAAGAACUGGUACGACGACUACAAGCACCUGGGGUACGACUGGGACGGCAACCAGAUAAUCAAGCCCGAGACCGGCGACCAGUUGGACAACUUCUUGAAGCGCAUGGAAGACCCGGACUUCUGGCGCACCGUCAAGGACCCCCAGACCGGGCAAAACGUCAUCCUCUCCGACGACGAUAUCAACUUGAUCAAACGCAUCAAGGCCAACAAGAUUCCGGACGUCACCUUCGACGAGUACGCGCCAUGGAUCGAGUGGUUCACCAGCGAGGUGAUGCAGAUGCCCUUGCGGAAGUUCCCGGAGCACAAAAGGUCGUUCCUUCCGAGCAAAAGCGACGCGAAGAAGGUGUCGAAGUUGGUGCACGCGCUGAAGAUGGGGUGGAUCAAGACGAGAGCCGAAGCCGAGAAGUUGAGGGCGAAGAAAGAGCCGCAGUUUUAUAUGUUGUGGGGGAGCGACGAUCAAGCGGAGGAGAUGAGGAGGAUCCAUCAGCAUAUAGCGGCGCCGAAGAGGCACCUGCCGGGGCAUGCGGAGUCCUAUAAUCCUCCUCCGGAGUACUUGUUCGACGAGAAGGAGAUGAAACAGUGGAAUAAGUUCAAAAAUACGCCGUGGAAGCGCAAGUUGCACUUCGUUCCUCAGAAGUUCCAGUCGUUGAGGCAAGUACCGGCGUACCCGAGGUACAUAAAAGAGAGGUUUUUGAGGUGUUUGGACUUGUAUUUGUGUCCGAGGGGGAUAAAAAUGAAGCUGAAUAUUGAACCAGAGUCGUUGGUACCGAAACUACCGAGUCCUAAAGAUUUGCAGCCAUUCCCUACGGUACUCGCGAUUGAGUAUAAAGGUCACAGUGAUAUGGUCCGUACUAUCAGUACUGAUAAAACUGGUCAGUACUUGGUGAGCGGUUCCGACGAUGGUACUAUCAAACUUUGGGAGAUCAACACUGGAAGGUGUUUGAAAACGAUAGAAACUGACGGUGUGGUACGUUCGGUAGAAUGGUGCCCGAAUUCCGCGCUCUCCCUCAUCCUCGUAGCGUCAGGCAACCGCGUCUUACUCAUCAACCCUCACCUAGGCGACUUCGUCGUCUGCAGCAAGACGGACUCCAUCCUCGAAACCCCUCCCCAAAGCGACGCUAUAGUCAGCGAACGCAUCAAGACCACAGUCGAGUGGUGCAAUUCCGUCGAAGCCAAUCUCUUCGACCGAGGUGUCCGAAUCACCCUCAAACACUUCAAAGAAGUGUCUCAAGUCACCUGGCACGGCAAAGGCGACUACUUCGCCACCGUAAUGCCCGACGGCCUCAACCGCUCAGUCCUCAUCAACCAAAUCAGCAGAAGACGCUCUCAGCUACCCUUCACCAAAUCCAAAGGUCUAGUCCAAUGCGUCCUCUUCCACCCCACGAAACCGUUUCUUUUCGUCGCCACGCAGCGGCACGUCCGGAUUUACGACCUGGUGAAGCAGAACCUCAUGAAGAAGCUGCUCACGAACUCCAAGUGGAUUUCCACGAUGGCGAUCCACCCAGGGGGUGAUAAUCUCCUCGUGGGGACGUACGAUAGGAAGAUGUUGUGGUUCGAUUUGGAUCUGAGUACGAAGCCGUACCAGACGUUGCGGCUGCAUGGUACUGCGGUGCGCGGGGUGGCGUUCCACAAGAGGUACCCGCUGUUCGCGUCGGGCUCGGAUGAUAAGAGUCUGAUUGUGUCGCACGGGAUGGUGUAUAACGAUCUGCUGAAGAAUCCGCUGAUUGUGCCGCUGAAGAGGCUGCAGGACCAUGAGGGUAGCAACGAUUUUGGGAUUUUCGGGGUGCAUUUUCAUCCGUUGCAGCCGUGGGUGUUCUCGUCGGGGGCGGAUGGGACGAUCAAGUUGUAUUCUAAUUAAUUUGUUAAUAAAUUUUAUUAAGGAA